AUGUCUUCCAGCAAAUACAUCAUCGUUUACCUGUUCGCACUGGUCGUCGUGCCCGCUUACACAACAGACGCAGAUCUGGAUUUGGAAGACGAGGACGAACAGAAGGCAUCGUACUACGACAACUACAAUCAGGACUAUGUGAACGAACAAGUGAAGUACAAUUUCGGGUACGGCGUGCACGAUCCGGACAGCGGGGACGAGAAGGAGCACUACGAGCAAAGGGACGGCGACACCGUUAAGGGAUCGUACAGUCUGAAAGAAGCCGAUGGUUCGAUAAGGAUCGUCGAGUACACGGCCGACAGCAAAAACGGAUUUCAGGCUGUGGUGAGGAAUAUAAGGAAACCGAAAUCGGCGGAAGUCGGCGAUGCUCUCCAAUCCUCUGGCGAAAAGUUGGACGCCCAAAUUGAACAGCACAAAGUGUACGAAUUAGAUGUUUAACUUUAACUACUAUUUCUUUUUUUGCGAUACGUAAGUGUAUUUUUCGACUGAGUAUUUACGUAUAACGCAUUAUUUUCUUUUUAUGUGGACUGAAUUGUGUUUUUUCAUUUAAUAAUAUAAUUUUUUGUAGGGAUUUGUUUACUUUUAAUAAUUAUUGUAU